AUAUCAAUAAUUGGCUUGUUUACAAUAAAAUUAUAAUCUCGUGUUAUCUAAUUUGCGCAUAAACAAAGUGCAAUUGCAGAAACUGAUUCAGUUUAAUCUCAAACACAGAUAUGUGUCUGAAAAUCAUCUUUUUGUGCCUGAUAUUCAGUGUUUUCGGUGAUGAACAUUUUGAAAUAAAUAAUUUAACGUUUUUGGUGGAACCCGAGGGCACUUACCGUCUUCUUGGCUACAGUCCUGCUGAGAAUUUAACAGCAGGAAUCAUCGCAAAUGUCGAAGAUAUGCAAACUUUGUUUUUGAAACACGAUUCGAUUCGGGAAAUUCAGCCUGGAGCUUUCCAAAACUUGCCAAACCUCAAAGACCUCAUAAUACAAUACAGCGAGCUUUCGAAGAUCCCAGCAGGAAUUUUCAACAAUUUAUCAACAUUGUCGUAUUUGGAAUUGGGUGAUAAUCAAAUCUCGUACGUUGAUCCGCACGCUUUUGAUAAUUUGACUCGUUUGUUCUCGAUUCGUUUGGGUAACAAUAAAUUGGAUAAAAUUGAUUCGCAUUGGUUUGAGGUCAAACCUGCCCUUAAAUAUAUCCACCUCGCCGGUAAUUUAAUCAAAAAAAUUUCCGCCGAUUCAUUUGAGAGUUUAAAAGGGCGAAAAUCGACAUCUUUGUUUUUGGGAGAUAAUCCUGUGGAGACAAUCGAAAACGAUGCUUUUAAAGGAUUUGAAGAAAUUCCAGUUUUGUCCUUGAAAAAUCUCAAUCUUACAUCUCCCGGAGCUUUUCUUCAAGGUCUCAAAAUUGGAACUUUGGAAUUCGACGGAAAUAAAUUUAAAUGUGUAGAAAAAGAAGCUUUUGAUAGUGUUUUUGUGGCUAAUACGACUAAAAUGAGAUCAAAUUCGCUGGCGGCAGAGUGUUUGAACAAAAUUCGACUUUGGGCCCAAAAACACAACAAAACUGUUUUGACAUAGUAAUUUUUAUUUUACAGGUCCGUGAUUAUCUCCCAUUCCUGAGAAAAUGUACAUUUUAGAACAAUUCGUUGUUAAUUUGCUGAAACAUUCUAAGAAUUCCUGAAGCUUGUCUACCAAAAUUGACGUUUCACUAUGUAUUUCCACUGUUUCACAUUUAUUACUCUUAUAGAGUUGUGUAUAAAUAGACAAAACAUAUUUUU